GUCGGGCGAGGUUUAGACGAGGGGGGACACCUCUGCCUUCUGCAGACGGAAGCGAGAACUCACUGAGGUUGUGUCGUAUAAGGUAGUUCUUGCUCUUCGGAUCUCUAAUCUACGAACCCUCUCUUGGAAAAGGUUUCAGAGCCACAGAUCCGACGCUUCGACUUGACUGCAUAAUUCUAACACCCGAAUCUGCAGCAUGCCCGGCCACGUAGUGAAGAGCACGGGUCCCGACCCCGAUCCCACUGAAUACCUCUUCAUUUCCGCCGAGCAAAGACGCAUCGACCAGACGAAGCCUUACGACCCCAAGAAAUCCGUCUGGGCUCCUGACCAGGCGGAGGGUUUCGUCGAAGCCCAACUCCAGGGCGCCAAGGGAGAUAAACUGCUGACCGUAAAGCUUCCAAGUGGUGAGAUAAAGGAUUUUAAGAAGGAACUCAUCGGUCAGGUCAACCCUCCCAAGUAUGAGAAGUGUGAGGAUGUGUCCAACUUGACCUUCCUUAACGAUGCUUCCGUCUUCUACGUCCUUAAGUCUCGUUACCAGGCCAAGCUUAUCUACACCUACUCCGGACUUUUCUGUAUCGUCGUUAACCCCUACAAGCGUUACCCCAUCUACACCAACCGUGCCGUCAAGAUCUACAUGGGCAAGAGGCGUAAUGAGGUGCCCCCUCAUCUCUUUGCCAUCUGCGACGGUGCCUACCAGAACAUGAUGCAAGACCGUAAGAAUCAGUCUAUGCUCAUCACUGGUGAAUCUGGAGCGGGAAAGACUGAGAACACAAAGAAGGUUUUGUCUUACUUCGCUAACGUUGGUGCCUCCGACAAGAAAGAAACUAAGCAGAACCUGGAGGACCAGAUCAUCCAGACUAACCCCAUCCUCGAGGCUUAUGGUAACGCCAAGACUACACGUAAUGAUAACUCAUCUCGUUUCGGUAAGUUCAUCCGCGUGCACUUCGGCCCCAACGGAAAGCUUUCCGGUGCUGAUAUCGAGGUCUACCUGCUGGAGAAGGCUCGUGUCAUCUCCCAGUCCCCCGCCGAGCGAGGCUACCAUAUUUUCUACCAGCUCAUGUGCGACCAGAUCGACUACAUGAAGAAGAUAUGUCUUUUGUCCGACGACAUUUAUGACUACAGCUUCGUGUCUCAGGGAAAAGUGACAGUCCCUUCAAUCGACGACAAGGAAGACAUGCAAUUUACUCACGAUGCCUUUGGCAUUUUAAACUUUAGCAACGAGGAGAGGGAUAACUGCUACAAGGUUACCGCAUCUGUUAUGCACUUCGGUAAUUGCAAGUUCAAGCAGAGGGGUCGUGAGGAACAGGCCGAACCUGAAGGCACUGAGCACGGUGAGCUUGUGGCCAAACUGCUUGGAGUGGACGCUGAAGAACUCUACAGGAACCUGUGCAAACCCAAGAUCAAGGUCGGCGCUGAGUUCGUCACUCAAGGAAGGAAUGUCAAUCAGGUCAACUACAGCGUUGGUGCCAUGUCGAAGGCUCUGUUCGAUCGCACUUUCAAGUGGCUUGUGAAAAAGUGCAACAUGACGCUUGAGACUGGCCAGACUCGUUCCAUGUUCAUCGGUGUCCUCGAUAUUGCUGGCUUCGAAAUCUUCGACUUCAACGGCUUCGAGCAGAUCUGUAUCAACUUUUGUAAUGAGAAGUUGCAACAGUUCUUCAACCACCACAUGUUCGUGCUGGAACAAGAAGAAUACUCAAGGGAAGGUAUUGUAUGGCAGUUCGUCGACUUCGGCAUGGAUCUACAAGCUUGUAUCGAGCUUUUCGAAAAGAAAAUGGGUCUCCUCUCCAUUCUUGAGGAAGAGUCAAUGUUCCCCAAGGCCACUGACAAGACUUUCGAGGAGAAGCUCAAUAUUAAUCAUCUUGGAAAGUCUCCUUGCUUCAUCAAGCCCAAGCCUCCAAAGCCCGGCCAGCCUGAGAACCACUUUGCCAUCGUUCACUACGCUGGCACAGUGUCCUACAACCUGACUGGCUGGCUUGAGAAGAACAAGGAUCCUCUCAACGACACCGUCGUCGACCAGCUCAAGAAGUCUUCCAAUUCCUUGACGGUUGAGCUCUUCGCUGACCAUCCUGGUCAAUCUGGAGAUGCAGGCGGGAAAGGAGGAAAGGGUGGUAAGCAGCAGACCGGCUUCAAGACUGUAUCUUCUGGGUACAGGGACCAGUUGAACAACUUAAUGAAAACUUUAAACGCCACACAUCCUCACUUCAUCCGAUGUAUUGUACCCAAUGAGUUCAAGAAACCUGGAGUCGUCGAGGCUGGUCUCAUCAUGCACCAGCUGACUUGCAACGGUGUACUUGAGGGCAUCCGUAUCUGCCGGAAGGGCUUCCCCAACAGGAUGCCUUAUCCGGACUUCAAGCUCCGCUACAACAUCUUGGCCGCCAAGGAGAUGCUGGAGGCAAAGGACGACAAGAAGGCGGCCAAGGCAUGCUUCGAGAAGGUCGGCCUCGACGCCGAGUUGUACCGCACAGGGAACACCAAGGUGUUCUUCCGCGCCGGUGUCCUGGGGACCCUCGAGGAAAUUCGUGACGACCGUGUAAUGAAGCUUCUGAGCUGGUUCCAAGCGUGGAUCCGCGGCUACGCCAGCCGCAAGCAGUAUUCCAAAAUGCAGAAGCAAAGAACCGCUCUUCUUAUCGUCCAGCGCAACAUCAGGAAGUACCAGAAGAUGCGUUCUUGGCUCUGGUACGAGAUGUGGAUGAAGAUGAAGCCCAAGCUCAAUGUCACCCGUGCCGAAGAUGAACUCAUCAGGCUGGAGGAGCUCGCCGAGAAAGCUGAGGCUGAAUUUGAGAAGGAGAUUAAGCUUCGCGAGCAGCUUGAGAUCAAGAAUGCUACUCUUCUCGAGGAAAGAGCUGAGCUUAUGCUGGCUCUGGAUUCAUCCAAGGGCGGCAUGUCUGAGUAUAUAGAGAAACAGGCAAAGCUAUUGGCACAGAAGACCGAACUUGAGGCACAGCUUAACGAAACCGUGGAACGCCUCGAAAAGGAAGAGGAAGCGACCGGUCAGCUCGCAAAUGGCAGGAAGAAGUGCCAACAGGAAGUUGAAAAUCUGAAGAAGGACCUUGAGGACCUCGACCUUGCCAUCCAGAAGGGAGAACAGGACAAAGCCACCAAGGACCAGCAGAUUCAAAAUCUCAAGGACGAGAUUGCCCACCAGGAAGAGCUUAUCACCAAGGUUAAUAAAGAGAAGAAACACCUUCAGGCAUGUAAUCAGAAAACUGCCGAAGAUCUGCAAGGUAUUGAAGACAAAUGUAAUCAUCUCGGUAAGGUAAAAUCCAAAUUGGAAUCUAAUCUUGAUGAGCUCGAAGAUUCUCUCGAACGUGAGAAGAAGCUUCGCAAUGAGGUUGAGAAAGCCAAGAGGAAGGUUGAGGGUGACCUCAAGUUGACCCAAGAGGCUGUUGCUGAUCUGGAACGGAACUUGAAGGAAAUUGAAGCAACUGUUGACCGCAAGAAUAAAGAGAUAUCUGCCAUUUCUUGCAAAAUUGAGGACGAACAGGCUCUUGUGUGCAGAGAUCAAAGGCAAGUGAAGGAACUUCAAGCUCGUCUUGAGGAACUCGAGGAGGAAGUUGAGCAUGAGCGCCAGGUCCGUAGCAAGGCUGAAAAGGCUAAGAAUCUCCUUUCACGUGAACUUGAAGAACUUACUGAACGAUUGGACGAAGCUGGCGGCGCCACUGCUGCUCAGAUUGAGAUCAACAAGAAGCGCGAGAGUGAACUGGUUAAAGUCCGCCGAGAUCUCGAGGAAUCCAGCCUUCAGCAUGAAGCUUCCCUUGCUUCCCUUCGCAAAAAACACAACGAUGCUGUAACAGAAAUGUCGGAGCAAAUUGAUUAUCUUAAUAAGAUGAAGGCCAGGGCUGAAAAAGACAAAGAGGCUAUCAAGCGAGAUGCUGAUGAUGCAAGGGCUUCUUUGGAUGCGCUUACUCGCGACAAGACUGCUGCCGAGAAGACCACUAAGCAGCUUCAGCUCCAGCUUAGUGAUCAUAAUGCUAAACUUGAUGAGGUCAAUCGCACUCUGAAUGAUUUUGAUGCCGCCAAGAAAAAGCUUUCCUGCGAAAAUGCCGACCUUGUUCGUCAGAUGGAAGAGGCUGAGAAUCAAGUUGGCCAGCUGUCAAGGCUGAAACUAUCUCUUACGAACCAGUUGGACGACACCAGGAAACUGGCAGAUGAGGAAAGCAGGGCUAAGGCUACUCUCCUAGGUAAGUUCCGAAACCUGGAGCACGAUAUCGACGCUCUUCGCGAUCAACUGGAAGAGGAAAGUGAAGCCAAGGGAGACGUUCUCCGCAUGCUGUCCAAGGCUAACGCUGAGGCUCUCAUGUGGCGCUCCAAGUACGAGUCUGAGGGUGUUGCCCGUGCAGAGGAACUCGAAGCUGCUCGUAUGAAGCUCGCCGCUCGCCUCGAGGAAGCCGAAAUGCAAAUCGAGUCUCUCAAUGUUAGGAACUUACAUCUUGAGAAGACCAAGAUGCGUGCUGCUGCUGAACUGGAAGAACUUCAAGUUGCUGCUGAACGUGCAAAUACCCUUGCUCUUGCUGCUGAAAAGAGACAGAAGAACUUCGAUAAGAUAAUUUCUGAAUGGAAGAUGAAGGUCGAUGACCUUUCUGCUGAACUCGAUGCCUCCCAGAAGGAAUGUCGCAACUACUCCACCGAACACUUCCGCCUAAAGGCUGCUUAUGAAGAGAACAUUGAACAACUCGACAGCAUCCGCCGAGAAAAUAAAAGCCUUAAUGAUGAGAGUAAAGACCUGAUGGACCAGAUUGGCGAAGGUGGUCGAGCCUACCACGAAGCUCAGAAGAACUGCAGGCGGUUAGAAAUCGAAAAGGAAGAGCUACAAGCUGCUCUUGAGGAGGCUGAAGCAGCUCUGGAACAAGAAGAAAAUAAGGUCCUUCGAACACAGCUCGAGCUUGGACAGGUCAGACAAGAAAUUGACAGACGUAUUCAAGAAAAGGAAGAAGAAUUUGACAAUACUCGUAAGUGUCACCAGAGAGCCAUCGAUUCUAUGCAAGCGUCCCUUGAAGUUGAAGCCAAGGGUAAGGCUGAGGCUCUUCGCUUGAAGAAGAAGCUUGAGUCUGACAUCAAUGAGCUCGAGAUUGCCCUUGACCACGCCAAUAAGGCAAACUCUGACCUUCACAAACACUAUAAGAAGGUUCAAGAUGAGAUCAAGGACAUGGAUGCCCGUGUCAAGGAAGAGCAGCGACUCGCCUCUGAGUAUCGAGAACAGUAUGGCAUUGCUGAACGCCGUGCCAAUGCCCUUCAUGGAGAGCUUGAAGAAUCCCGGACGCUGUUGGAGCAAUCCGACCGCGGUCGGCGCCAAGCUGAGGCAGAACUCAAUGACGCACGUGAACAGAUCAACAGUAUCACUAGCGAAAAUACAGCUCUUUCUGCCUCCAAGCGGAAACUUGAAGGUGAAAUGCAGACACUACAGGCCGACCUUGAAGAAAUGCUCAGCGAGGCAAAGAACUCAGAGGAGAAGGCGAAGAAGGCCAUGUUAGAUGCUGCUCGUCUGGCCGAUGAGCUCCGCGCUGAACAGGAACAUGCUAUGGCUCAGGACAAGAUGCGAAAGGCCUUGGAGGUCACCGUGAAGGAUCUCCAGACUCGUCUUGAGGAGACUGAAACUACAGUUAUGAGGACAGGGAAAAGGGCGGUCAGCAACAUGGAAGGUCGCAUUCGCGAACUCGAGGCUUCCCUGGACGAAGAGACCCGUCGUCACGCUGACGCCCAGAAGAACCUGAGGAAGUGCGAGAGGCGCAUCAAGGAGCUCGCCUUCCAGUCGGAUGAGGACAAGAAGAACCACGACAGGAUGCAGGACCUCGUCGAUAAGCUCCAGCAGAAGAUCAAGACCUACAAGCGCCAGAUCGAGGAGGCUGAGGAGAUCGCCGCCCUCAACCUGGCCAAAUUCCGCAAGGCUCAGCAGGAGCUCGAGGAAGCCGAAAUAUCCCAAUAAACAGUGUAUGUGUAG